AGCUGCUUGUUAUCACGUCUCGGGUGGUAACACGGACCAGUGUGUAGUUUCGUCAAUCCUAUUUCCUCUAUGUCUGCGGAAGAUGUCACUUCCUCCCCCUCUUCUCGGGCUAACAGGGUUUUCAAAUAUUUAUUAUUUAAUGAUUUCCUGUAGCCAUUGUCUCAUACCUCCUUUGACUUAAUCUUCCGUAGUUUAAGCAGUAAAGAGAGCUUAAUAGGAAGUAUAACGGAACUAUCUCGAACUCCAAAGGGGGCUUGCAAGAGUCGAAUUCAUUCACAGUUUCAUAUCAUCAAGUUAAAGUACCCACCAAUAAAUCCGAAUACCUAAGUAAUAGUCGAAACGAUGUCGACGUGGAUAUCGUCCCAUGGAGCCAGCGCCAUUAAAACCCAAGAUACCCGGUUUUCUAUCGCCGCGACCGAGUCGGGGUCGAUUGUCCAGCCGGAAGACGCUAAUCAUCUAACCGGUUCGGUCAUUUUCCCUCUUCCCAGCCUACCGCAUAACGCCUCGCAUUUCGUGAAGGUAGCGGUCGCAUUCUCAACUCACACUGCCCGAGUCGUCAAGGUAGUGAUCAUGAACGGUACCAACGAAGUAUACCAGAAAGCCCCGUUGCGGCAUACAAGUGACUUCACCCUUCAAUUACGCGGAACUGACUAUAUGGCUGAAGAACGUGACAAGGGCCUCGCCUUGUGGCUCACAAUAGCGUUCGAGCAUGUAACCGCAAUGAUUGAAUUUCAGUCGGUGGGGCUCGAGGUCGCUAUGGUAGAGAAGCCAACGUUCGUAGCUGAGAAGCCAAUGCAGACUAUCAAGCUUGAUAGCGGGUUAUGGAACACGACAACUGUUAGGUCGUCGGAUCAUUCUCAGAAGACGACAAAAGGACAGAUCGAAUUUUCAACCAAAUUCACCUCGAAGCCAGCGGUGAUAGCCAACAUGACUGGCGCAGAUGUUGGCGGAGGGACAAAUUUUAGGGUCAGGGUUUAUACAUCGGGAGUUACCACUCAUGGAUUUACCAUUCAUGCGGACACCUGGGGGGAUACACACAUGUAUUCGUGCGGAGUUUCGUGGAUGGCCAUAGGUCAUUGAUAAUUCUGAUUGCCGGGGGUGGAGGACUGGGACUGGCGGUCUAGUGGAAUCAUGAGUAUGAAGAUUGGAUAACGGUCGUUACUGGGUACCUGAAUACUGAAGUUAUAUUCAAAAUAGACACGUAUUGGCUGUGCUGCUGGAACGAUGCCCUAAGAGACUGGCUGCUUUAUAUGUUGAAUCGACACCUAUCAGGCGAAUCUGCGUAGUAUGUAGUUGUCGUGCGGCUGGCGGGUUAUAUGUACCUGGGUAGCCUUCGUAUUAUGGAGAACUUCUUUUUGGCGAUUGGGGAA